GUAAUUCAAAUAACGUGUGUUUUCCCAUUGAUGAUAAACUGUUGUGUACGUAGGACUUAAUUAUCGAAACAAAUAUAAGUAUCUACAUCAGCAAUUCCGUCUCGAACUUACAAAUACAUACACCUUUGAUCCUCGAGAUAUAAACGAACAUGGCUCUACCUCGAUCAGAAUAUCUCUCCGAUGUCUGGCGGAAUGGCAUCUUUGACAACAAAGUCGUCUUCUGUACUGGCGGAGCAGGUACGAUAUGUUCCGCUCAAGUGCGCGCAAUGGUUCACCUGGGCGCCAACGCGUGUAUUAUCGGACGCAAUCCAUCCAAGACUGAAUCCAUGGCCAAAUCCAUUUCAACUGCACGUCCCGGAUCGAAAGUCAUUGGAAUUGGCGGUGUUGAUGUGAGAAACAUAAAGAGUUUGGACAGUGCGGUAGAGACAUGUGUGAAGGAAUUAGGAGGCAUUGAUUUCGUUAUCGCCGGAGCAGCAGGAAAUUUCAUUUCACCCCUCGAAGGUCUCUCCUCGAACGCUUUCCGAACUGUCCUCGAAAUUGACACUCUCGGUUCCUUCAACACCCUCAAAGCUACUCUCCCACACCUCAUAAAAUCCGCCUCUGCCCAUCCAAACAAAGCUUCUAACCCCAACACGGGAGGUCGCAUUAUUUUCAUCUCCGCCACAUUCCAUUUUACAGGAAUGGCACUUCAGGGACACGCAGCAGCAGCAAAAGCAGGCGUCGAUGCUAUUUCUGCAACGGCCGCAUUGGAAUACGGUCCAAGGGGAAUAACUAGUAAUGUGAUCACUCCAGGACCCAUAGAAGGAACGGAGGGAAUGGCAAGACUGGGCGAUAAGGAGAGCGAAGCUAGCGGGGAUGCGCAAAGAAGAAAUCCAUUGGGCAGAUAUGGCACAGUAAAGGAAAUUGCAGAUGGAACUGUGUACUUAUUCAGCGAUGCAGGAAGUUUUGUCAAUGGUGAAGUCUUGGUUAUUGACGGAGGGAAUUGGAGGCACCCGGGAGGAAUGGCCGGAGGAAAGAGAUACCCCGAUUAUUUACUAGACGAUACAUUCGUACGAAGAAAGGAGUCAAAGUUGUGAUCACCGGGUUACACAAGCUGCAUGUUACACAAGCUGUAUGUUACACAGGCUGUAUGCUGUCUGUGGUGAGCUGAUGCAUUGGGGUUUUUGUUGGGGCUGUUGGGUUUGAGACAUGUAAUGCGAUAGACAUUUUGUAUUCUGGCCAAAUUUCUGUUCUUAAUUGACGAUUAUCGUCUAACUACUAGAUUUCCAUGUUUAUUCUACAUUCUUCAUGAUCGUAACAUCGUUAUGGCAUCGCAUCAUCCAUUUAUACAUACUUUCCUUCCUAGAUAAUUUCCGCCACAUAAUAAAUAAACA